UUUGCCUCCAUAAUACAAGUAUAUAAACACAGACAAGUCAUAUAAAAGUCGCCGUCAGGCGACAAUACCCACUGAACAGUCCCUCACUUCUCUCUCCCAUUAUAAAACUCUUUUAAACCUUUAUUAAAAAUAUGAGUUUCCACGGCAAACUUUGACACGCUCCUUUCCUUUGACGCGCCACCACCAACUACCACGCGCCACCAUAUCCUCACCUUUUGUCAUCUUUCUCUUCUCUCAACUUUCCUUUCCUUUCUGAUCUGAGAAAAAAGAGGGGUUUUAAAGGCUUGUAUGAGUCUGUUUCCGUCGAUGAUAACAACAGAAUGGGCGGAGUCACGUCGUCGAUCGCGGCCAAGUUCGCUUUCUUCCCUCCGACCCCACCAUCUUACACUCUGAUCUCAGAAGACGACACGUCGUCGUUGGAAACUCAACCUGUUCGCUUCUCUAUUCCUGAGGUUCCUAGGAAAAACAACGUGGAGGUACUCAAGCUUCGGACCAGAAAAGGCAACGAUAUCGUAGCUAUUCAUGUUAAGCAUCACAAGCCUUCCGCUACUCUGCUUUACUCUCAUGGAAAUGCUGCUGAUUUGGGUCAGAUGUUUGAGCUUUUCGUUGAACUUAGCAAUCGACUUCGUGUCAAUCUCAUGGGGUAUGAUUACUCUGGUUAUGGACAAUCAACUGGAAAGCCAUCUGAAUGUAAUACGUAUGCUGAUAUUGAUGCAGCAUAUAAAUGCCUUAAGGAGCAGUAUGAUGUUAAAGAUGAACAAUUAAUAUUGUAUGGUCAAUCUGUUGGUAGCGGCCCCACCCUUGAUCUUGCUUCAAGAAUACCAAACUUGAGAGGAGUGGUUUUACAUAGCCCAAUUUUGUCUGGGCUGAGAGUACUGUACCCAGUCAAAAGAACAUUCUGGUUUGAUAUUUUUAAGAAUAUUGACAAAAUUGGCAUGGUGAACUGUCCUGUUCUUGUUAUACAUGGGACUUCUGAUGAAGUUGUGGAUUGGUCCCAUGGGAAGCAGCUUUGGGAGCUUUGCAAGGAAAAGUAUGAACCCUUGUGGUUAAGUGGAGGUGGACAUUGCAAUCUUGAGCUUUACCCAGAGUUCAUUAAAGAACUAAAGAAAUAUGUACAGACCAUUAGCAAAUCAAAAGCAACCACAAAUGGUUCUAAAAAACCUACAGUAGAAUCUGAUAAUCAGAGCAAAGCAUCUGAAACUGGAACUGCAGAUACAUUUGAAUUAAGUUCAGAUGUUCCAGAAGUUUCUAGAAACAGUUUAGAUAGCCGACUUGAGAAGUCCAGAAAAUCAAACAAGCCUGAAAAGUCUCGUAUGAGCACUGACCGUGUUGACAGGUUUAGACGAAGAAAGGGCUUAGUCUGGUGAUUAAUUUACACAGCAUUUCAAUAAGUUAUGUGCUAAUAUCUACUUGAGAAGGUAAAUCUAUUCACCCCAGCUUAUGUAAUGAUGUGAUCCUAGAUGGAAUAUAUCCAGUUGAGUGUGUUCCUUCACGUAAUUAUUUUUUCUUUAUCUGUAUGUAUGCUCAAAGAUUGAGAGGAAUCUAGCAUUUUUUAUUUCUUCUCAUCUUUUGUAAAAUCAACAGCCUUACGCAGUUUUAGCUAUUUUCUUUCUUUAGUCUCUUAA